UCGGCGUGUACGGCUUGUACGGCUUGUACGGGUGUUUGUGUCUGGCAUGUGCGCAUUCAAUUGUCUACUGUCACUACGCCGUGCACACAACAAUCGGUAUGGUCCAAUCUGAUUUUCGACAAUUCAUCGUGGACUAUUUGAUUUUUUCCUAUUGCGUUUACGAUGGUACUGUUGAAGCAUUCCCAAUCGGAGCACACCAUGCUUAAUACGGAGGGUGUGUCGAGUGAUAUUUCCAAUUUAAUUCAUAUUUCAGCUGCUCAGCAAAAUAUUGAUAAUUGUCAGACUGCUGAUGAUAAAUCGUUUAGCAAAGUUCGUAUCUUGAAAACGAUUAAGUUUCCAGACAUAAACGGGAGCAUCUCCCAGAAAUGGCGAAGGCUGCGUAACUGUUGCGCCUCGUUGCGAGGCGUCAGUUCCCACAACAACAGUCCGGAGCCUUCGCGCGACUCCCUGUUAGAUGGAUCUAGUCCCCACAUUCUAGUCAGCACACCCCACGCCACGUCAUCACUAAGACUGCCAGGUGCUAAGAAGAACAGCGUGCAGGACGUGCUCAGGGCCAAAUUGAGCCGCAUCCACGUCGGCCUGAGGAAACGUCGCGCCCUAAGCGUGCAGGAGUUCUUCAACAGUCCGACGCACGAGAAACAGCCGACCUUCUAUGUGCCGUCCCCGGCGUCGCCCGAUUCCGGUUCCACAUCGUUGCCGAUCAUCGAUUGUAACAUACAGAAGAGCGCGUCCGAGAGACGCAGGCCGCGGUCCAGACAGAGGACGGUCAACUCGUUGAACUUCAGCAUCGCCAAAGAUUACGGCUAUGACAGCUGCCAGAGCGAGGGCUACGACUCGCUGCCGUACGAGCCGCCGCCCGACUACGACGAGGAGGAGAACACGAUCAAAAGGAGGUGGUCGGUGGUCGGAAGCGUGCUGAAGAAGUCCAACGAAUCGAAGAACACGAACAACUUGGUCAAGCUGGAGAACGCCAACAUCAAGAUACCGAAAACGAAGCUGAACAAUCGAAAGCACUUGGAGAGGGCGAGAUCGCACUCGCCGAACAAGAACAAGGAGUCGAAGAGCGCCUCGACCGACCAGAUAGCCAGAAACUACAACAACAAAGUGGUUAACUCCAAGAGCCAUUAUGAACUUAUGGGUGUGAAACAAAGACCGGAAGCUGGCCACAAUUCCGAAUCUGAACGGAUGAACGCCGAGCACAAACAGGACUGGGUGGAGGAGCUGGAGGAGAUCGAGGAGGAGGAGGAGAGCAAGUUCUGUACCCUCCCCAGAGGUGGAGGCAGCACUUUUACAAUACGUCAGGUGGUUUUCCAGAAGGGCCAGGGCUACAAGGCGCUGGGAUUCAGCAUUGUUGGGGGACGUGACUCGCCCAAGGGCAGCAUGGGGAUAUACGUCAAGACAAUAUUCCCCAACGGACAGGCAGCCGACAGUGGUAACUUGAAAGAAGGUGAUGAAAUUUUGGCUGUAAAUAGUAAACCCCUACACGGAGCAUCACAUCAAGAAGCUAUCAGCGUAUUCAAGCAAAUUAAAUCAGGGCCUGUUUUACUCCACAUCGGCCGUAGAGUUACCAAAAGGCCUAGAGAAAGGGUCUAAUAAUGUAUGACAAUUAUAUUUAUUGAAAGUAUAGGCUUUUCUGUAUUCCAAAGACUACUUUAGAAUAGAUAUUUUAAUAUAUGCAUACUUUAAUUUUUUAUACGAUUAAAAUGUAUUUUAUUUAUAUUUGUGAUGUAUCAUUAUAUUGUUUUAUUUAAAGAAUUUAUUUUUAACUUUCAGGAAAAUUGUAUUUUUUAAUAACCUACAAAAGUAAUUUAUCAGUGUAGAUAAGAAAUAUAUAGUAUACAGAGUAAUAA